AGCGCUCCCAUUUGUAGUGCUGCACCUACAGCUGCUCCACAGGAAGGUAGGGCUGGGCUGGGCACCGUCCCUCAGCAGCUGUGGGCUCACUGCUGUGCAGGAAUACACAAAGUGGGGAAUAACUGUGCACGUAUUGAGCGGGAGGUGAGCUGGAGGCAGGCAGAGGUGCUGUGCUGAGGUGGAGCUGCUCUUAGGGGCAGCUCUGCCCAAUGCCUCUUAGUGGUUUUCUUCUAUUUUUUUUUCCUCCUUGGAUUUCACUGAAGUUAAAUGUUCAGAGAAAGAGAGCUACUUUACAUUUAAUUGAGGCAGAAGAUGAAAAGGCAGCUGCUUGCUUGCGGUGGUUCUGAACCGGGGAACUUUACUGCUGGGGAAUGUUUUUGAUGAACUCCCUUUCAUGUCUGAGCAGCAGCCCAAACUUCAGGAUCUCAUUUCUGAAGGCUUUCAAAGCCGGUUGAGUCAUCGGUCUGAUCCUGCGCUGCAGACCUAAGAUGUCGGAAGACGUCCCCAUUUUUGCAGUGUUAUUAUCUCGUGAUAUUAAUGCUGAAAUCCUCCUGCACCCCCAUGAGAUGUGGGGGUAAGGGCUCCCUUGAUGUGCUGAAGCCCAGUGUAGGGUACAAACCAGCUCCUCUGUGGUCGCACUGGGAUUUUCACGUAGCAUUUUGCUGUUGUGUUGCUGCUCGCUGCGUUCUCUCCCCAUCCUGCAGCUGUUCCCUGUGCAGUUUGACCCCAUCCUGAGCCAAACCCUUCCUUCCCAACCCUCUCCCUCUGCUUUUCCUUCUGCCUUUCACCUCCUUUCUGCUUCCUCCUCCUUGGCCAGCUCUGUGGCACUCAGACAAAGAGUCACCUUCCUGUGCUGUGCCCACCUGCAGCCCCCCCAGGCACUGGCAGCAGCUGCAGGGUGCAGCUCAGGGCAGGACGGUGCUGCUUUGUAACACUUGAGCUAAUAUUUACCCAAGCGUACGGUUGCUCCUGAGCUCUGUUUCAAACGUUAAAUAUUGAAUUUGAAAUAUUGGAAGGGACAGAUAAAAUGCACGCUAAUGAGAACCUUCCGAAGGAGGCUCACUGCUAAUUCCAAAGGAAACGAUGAGCUUUUAAUUAGUGCCUUAUCUCAAGUAUGCCACCUUCUCCUUUUUGUCUCGUUUAUAUUGCUCGUGUUAUUAAAGGUCAGCUGGUGCCCCUGAUAUGGUGUCACCUGUGCCUGCUGAGCUCCCAGCAAACGCAUGGACCUAUGGAAGGUAUGGUGUGAAUAUGCGUUGCUUGGCAGCUCGGGUCAACUACAAGACUCUGAUCAUCAUCUGCGCUCUCUUCACGCUGGUGACGGUGCUGCUGUGGAACAGAUGCUCCUCGGAUGGGGCCGGCCCAUUCCCCCGCAGCCCCGGUGGCCCCGAGCGCCGCGCGGCCGCUGCCAGCAGUGGCCCCGCACGGGAUGUGGCCAAGCAGAGCGAGGAAGCAUCGCCCCAGGAACAGCAGAAGGCUCCUCCCGUCGUGGGAGGCUUCAACAAAGCCUUGGGGCUGAAGUAUGAGGAGAUAGACUGUCUGAUCAACGACGAGCACACCAUCAAAGGGAGGAGGGAAGGCAGCGAGGUCUUCCUGCCGUUCAGCUGGGUAGAGAAAUACUUUGAGGUUUAUGGGAAAAUUGCUCAGUACGAUGGUUAUGACAGGUUUGAAUUCUCUCAUAGCUACUCCAAAGUAUACACACAGAGAGCACCUUACCACCCGGAUGGGGUCUUUAUGUCCUUCGAGGGCUACAACGUAGAGGUUCGAGACAGAGUGAAGUGCAUAAGUGGUGUUGAAGGUGUGCCCUUAUCCACCCAGUGGGGGCCUCAGGGCUACUUCUAUCCCAUCCAGAUCGCACAGUACGGGUUGAGUCACUACAGCAAAAACCUGACGGAGAAACCCCCGCACAUCGAGGUGUACGAAACGGCUGAGGAGAAGGACAGGGGCAGCAGGGCAGCCGAGUGGACCGUGCCCAAGGGCUGCUCCCUUUCCACAGUGCCCGAUAAAGCCAAGUUCACCAGUGUUAAACACUUUGUUGCUCCAGAGAACACCGAGGGGGUUUCCCUGCAGCUUGGGAACACCAGAGAUUUCAUUAUUUCUUUCGAUCUCAAGUUCGUAACCAAUGGGAGCAUUUCUGUGGUGCUGGAGACCACAGAGAAGAACCAGCUCUUCACGGUGCACUACGUCUCCAACACACAGCUCAUCGCCUUCAGGGAGCGCGACAUCUUCUACGGCAUCGGGGCCCGCACCGCCUGGAGCACCGUCACGCGGGACCUGGUGACCGACCUGCGCAAGGGCGUGGGGCUGUCCAACACCAAGGCCGUCAAGCAGACCAAAAUAAUGCCUAAGAAGGUGGUGAGGCUGAUUGCGAAGGGGAGGGGAUUCCUCGACAACGUCACCAUCUCGGCCACCGCGCACAUGGCGGCUUUCUUCGCGGCGAGCAACUGGCUGGUGAGGAACCAGGACGAGCGGGGCGGCUGGCCCAUCAUGGUGACCAGGAAGCUUGGGGAAGGCUUCAGGUCCUUGGACCCGGGCUGGUACUCAGCCAUGGCGCAGGGCCAGGCCAUCUCCACGCUGGUGCGGGCCUACCUGCUGACCAAGGAGCACGCCUUCCUCAGCGCCGCGCUGCGGGCCACUGCGCCCUACAAGCUGCCGUCAGAGCAGCACGGGGUGAAGGCUGUGUUCAUGAACAGGCACGACUGGUACGAGGAGUACCCCACCUCGCCCAGCUCCUUUGUGCUCAACGGCUUCAUGUACUCGCUCAUCGGCCUCUACGACCUGAAGGAGACCGCGGGGGAGAAGCUGGGCAAGGAGGCACGGCUGCUGUAUGAGCGUGGCAUGGAGUCCCUGAAGGCCAUGCUGCCUCUCUACGACACCGGCUCCGGGACCAUCUACGACCUGCGGCACUUCAUGCUGGGCACCGCUCCCAACCUGGCGCGCUGGGACUACCACACCACCCACAUCAACCAGCUCCAGCUGCUCAGCACCAUCGACGAGGCCCCGAUUUUUAAAGAGUUUGUCAGGAGGUGGAAGAGCUACCUGCGGGGCGGCAGGGCAAAGCACAACUAGAGCUGACAACCAAAGCCCUCGUGCCCGCUGGCGGCGAAGGUUCGGGCUUCUGGAGCUCGGCGAGGGGACACCUGAAAAGGUCGCAUCCUAAAUUCGUUUUGAAGAAGUGAUCCUUAAAACUGAUCUCCUGAAAUAAUUGCAUUCCAGUGUGAAAACCUUUGGGUCUGAUGGGCAGGAAUCGGGGACUUCAGCUCGCUCUCUAUAGCACUCCACCGUGACGUUACCCGCACGAAGCAAAACCCGUCUGUGCUCUGAGCUGGGGGACGAUUUUGUUUUUGCUUUUUGCAGGAAGAUAUUUACGGAAGCCAUACAGGUCUCUAAAGUCCAGCACUUGCCUGACAAGUUAGUAUGUGGCCUCUUUGGAAAUGGAGCUAUUUGUGUAUAUGUUGGAACAGCGUCGCCGGUGGUGUGGUGUAAUGCUGUAAACGUGUGUUUCCUUGUAGCCUGGGUAGUGGACAGCGUAGCUUUUUCAAGGUGUUCCUUUCUGUAUGGAUUCCCUCCCUGGGGUGACCGGCCUUUUUUAUUCUCUGUCUGGAGGUCCUGUAGCCGUAUGGCUUUGCGUCGCACCACGUAAGCACAAGUUGGUGGCUCACGGAUGGCCCAGCGCUGCGGCUGCACCAGCCCUGACCUGGGAGCCAGGCACACGUGGGGUGCCGGCAGCUGGCAGCACUUCCCCCCCCAGCAGCUGGAGUCUCUUCUCGUGGAGCCCGAUGUUCUGUUCUGUAUUUUUUCAUCACAUCUGAGAGGUUUCUGUAAGCGUUGGCUUGGUUCUGUAGGAGACCCGUGUUGAAUUCCUGUGUGGCGUGGAGCUGGUUUUGAGUAGCGUGCAGGAAAUGUAAUUUGAGCACUGUCCUAUGGGGGUUUUCGUUUUUUAACCUGCUUUCCCAAGAUCCAGCACUUGAAAAAUGACAAUCAGCCCAUAGGGCUCUGCAGCUCCGUCUGUGCUUUAGCACUGCUCGGCCUUUGCUGCCCGACACCAGUCAUCAAACAGAACCCCAGCACUUCCACUGUGCUGGCAGCACGCAGAGGAGCAGAUGGUCUGCAUCUUGUCUUUGUGAGCCCAUACCCACACCACGGGUCUGCCUUCACAGCGUGGAGGUUUCUGGUGGAUCUGGAAGGGUAAAAGCGAUGGCAUCAUCAGAUGGCAAUGGUGUGGUUUGGUAGCACAGCAAACACCAGCUCGUCAGCUCUGUGCAGGCUUGCUGGGCUUCGCUCUCCCAUCCCAUCCAGGCACGAAAGCUCCCAACACGUCCUGGCGUGCUGUGAUCAUGUAUGGCUGCGGGGCUUUUCCACUGAUCCCAUGACAUGCUGCAGGUGUCGGUGUGCUUUGGCUUAAGGUGCUCCUACAGAGGACAGAGCUGCUUCAGACUGCAGAGAGGCUGGGCACGAGGACAGCGUGCAUCUAGGCUUUUGUUUGCUUUUCUUGCUUUUUCAGUGCUUUUUUCUUGCAGAUAUUUGCAGCGACUUUGUAAUUACUUGAUCUCUGCAAACGCGUGCUGUGUGAUCGUACCAGCUAAUGUGAAAAGCAGACAUCGCGGGAGAAAUCUCGAUACCAAAGUUAGCAGAGCUGAUUUCUAUUUUUAGUGUUGUUGUUUUUGUGUUUGUUUUUUUCUUU